AUGUCAAGACCCAACAAUAGUGACUCGUGUUCCGGCUACGCAUCUGAGAGGAUUGGGAUCUACUUAGGCAAAACUGAGGUUAGCCUAUUCGAUCCGCUUCCCAAGUGUCCUGCUGCUCAAUUGGAUGUAGGCAGAGUCUUCGAUGUAGCCAAAGUGUUUCACUGUGACGGCCUCUUGUUAUGCACCUCCGCCGACGAAUCUAGAUUCGUGGUUUGGAACCCAUUUACUGGUGAGACAGGUGGUUCCAACCCAGCUAUCGUUCCGGGACAGACCGCCUUUUUGCUCUGGGAUACUACAAACAAGGCAACAAUAAGAGGUACAAAGUGUUGA